UACAAGCCCUAAUGACUUUCUAACCCCAAUUGUCAACUUUAUCUCGCUUAAAAUGUAGAGAAUUUUGUAAAAAUGUUAAAUGUGUGGCAUAAUUAUAAUUAUCGUAUAAAAUAUUUUAGACUGGGACGACUAUUUUGCACGAAAACAAGUAAAAAUUUAAGAGACAAUCAACAACAUGAUAUAAUUGGUCCUCCCGAUCCAGUUUCAAAUCUGAGACCUGUUGUAUUCGCUUGUUCUCCAAAAGAAACAUAUUUAGAGAAAAAAUAUAGAAAACUUAAGGAAGAGACUCAAGAAUGGAAUCAAGCAUUCUGGUCGCAGCAUAAUAUUAAUUUCGUUGAGGAACGUAAACAAUUUCAACAGCUACUGAAAACACAGGGAAAAAUAGCACCGACUGCAGAUGACAUGUCUGUAUUUUAUAAACAAUUUCUAGAUAAAAAUUGGCAAAGUCAUUUCAAUUAUAACAUUACGUGGUAUAAAAAGAAUAUAAAAAUUUUACUUUUUGGAAUAUUGAUAAAUAUAUCUAAGUUGAAAUUUAAAUAGCGAUUUUGAUUUAAAGAAGUAAUGUCUUCACAGUUUUGAUUUUGUAUAUAGUUUUCUUAGAUUUCUUGUAUAGUUACAAAUUCUGUAGAA